CAUAACGACAUGACAUUUUCGUUCUUCUGCUGCGAAAGAAGGGGAAGAAGCAGAGAGCCUGAGCACACCAGCAUCUUGCUCGCUCCAUCGACGCCAACACCGAUCUCUCCCACGAUUUCCUUCGUCGGAAUCUGCGUAUUUCUCCACAGCUGUUCCGCCAAUCAGCGAUUGACGCCCCCUCCAGCUCUCACCACCCUCGAGGAAAUCCGCCAUUCUCAUUCCUCGUUAGUCGAUUUUGCUCUGUUCUGAUUUCUGAGACGCUUUCUGAUUUCCUCACGAUGAUGUCCGGGAGCUGAUUGAUGGGGAUUCGUUUGUUUUUCCGUGUGGUCACGUCCGUCGUGGACUUCAGUUCAUGCGAAGAGAUCCUGAUUAGCCUUCAGGUUCAACACUGGUUUGCAAACAUUUGAUCUCGUUGGUGUUAUGGUCUCUGGGUAUUGACUCGUCCGUUGCGUUUGGGGACUUCUUCGAACUGGAGAGGCAGCGGACCGAGAGGGGUUUGGCAAUGGGGAAGAUCUUGAAUGGAUUUAUGUUGCCACUGCUUCUUUUAACAGCUGCUUUACUCAGUUGGAAUUUGAUAUCUCUUGUUGAUUUGUCGGCUUUCCUUAUCAUGCAGUUUGAUGGUUCAAAAGCAGGUUAUCUAUCUAAGAGGCACCAUUUUGUGUCAUAUUUUAUUUGCAUCUUCUCCUUUCUGGCUGUGUUUUUACAUGCCAUAUUCCACUUCAUAUGGGCUGUUGAGGGAGAUCAAUGGUUUGCAGUCAAUUCUAAGUGGGCAAAGCUAGCCGGAUUUGAAAGAAUUUACUCAUGGACACUGCCUUCUGAACUGUACUUUUUGCUCGUUCAAAUAUCCAUAGCUUUGGUUGCUCUAAGAAGAAUAUUAAGGGGUAGGCUUGGACAAGACUCGCAGGGAGAUUCACGGUUGGAACGUUUUUGUUCUUCUCUUGGCUACAUAGGGCCUCAUCUCAGAACGCCAUGCUGCCUGUUGUUGCCUGUUGUACAGUUAGUUGUGGGUAUCAGUAGCCCAUCCUGGACUUCUUUCCCAUUUUUUAUUUGCAGCUGCAUUGGCCUCGUGGAUUGGUCUUUAACAAGCAAUUUUCUUGGGCUCUUUUGGUGGUGGAGGUUUCUUUUGCUUUAUGCAGGUUUUAACAUUCUCCUGUUGUAUAGUUAUCAACUUCCAAUAGAGUAUUCUGAACUCUUUGUGAGGAUUGCGGACUUUGUUGGCUUGUUCAAAAUUACUGCUAAGUCAGAGUGGUCACAACUGUGUUGUGGUGUCUCUCUCUUAUCCUUCUACAUAUUGCUAUCAUUGAUUCGUCACUAUCUUGAAGACAUGGAUGUCAUAAUGUCCACUUGGGAAAGCGAUUUAACUGAGCAGCUUCUUCCCUCAAAGCAUUCCUUUUUAUUCGGUGAAUCAAGGUCUGAUUUAAGGUACAGUAACCUAUCAGGGAGGACUGUUUUCCAGGCAUUUAGCAUCAACUUCUUUACUUAUGGAUUUCCGGUUUUAUUGCUAGCUCUGACAUUUUGGAGUUUCUACUUUGCAAGUUUAUGUUCUUUUGGACUACUUGCUUAUGUUGGCUAUGUUUUGUAUGCCUUCCCUUCCGUGUUUCUCUUCCAUCGGUUAAAUGGCUUGCUGCUCGUAUUCAUUCUCCUCUGGACUGCUAGCACUUAUGUCUUCAAUUUGGCAUUUGCUGUCCUCAAUAUGAAAUUACGGAAGGAUAUGGAGAUUUGGGAAACUUUUGGCUUGUGGCAUUAUCCCAUCCCAGGAUUUUAUCUGCUGGCACAGUUUUGCCUUGGAAUUCUAGUUGCUAUGGCUAAUCUUGUGAACAGCUCUGUCUUCCUCUUCUUGUCUAAUCAGGACAGACAACUUGGCAAUGACAACCAUACUGUAGAAGAUGAAGAAGAGAUGAAAGUAUUUAUCAUAGCUACAAUCGCAUGGGGGCUGCGCAAAUGUUCGCGCACAAUCACAUUGUGUUUAAUAUUUAUCAUUGCAGUCAAACCUGGCCUCACCCAUGCUGUAUACAUGAUAUUUUUCCUGGUGUAUCUUUUAAGCCACAGCAUCAGCAAAAAGAUAUGCCAGUCCCUGAUACUCCUUUGCGAGGUGCAUUUUGCACUGCUAUAUAUUCUUCACCUCAAUCUCAUCUCAAAAGUCUUGGAUCAGAAAGGGUCAUUUGCUGGAGAAAUUCUGAAACAACUAGGUCUUUACGAAUGUGAUCAGAGUGGGCAUUUGUUGAAGAUAGCAAUGCUUGGAUGCUUUUGUGCCCUUCACAAUCACGGGAUUGAAAUGCUAUUCAGAUUUUCAAAUGUAGUGCAGCAAACGUCAUUCCCACCCAUUGGGUUUAGUAUCUUGAGAGCUGGCUUGAUCAAAUCAGUGCUGUUUUCUGUGUACACUUCACGAUCCCGUGAGAAGCAACAUGAAUUUUCUUCUAACGAGAGGAAGAUAAUGAUACAUUUGGGUGCUAUUGGUGAGAAGUUUCUGUCAGUAUACCGGUCAUGUGGAAGCUACAUCGCAUUUUUUACUAUUCUUGUUGCACUAUACCUAGUUACUCCAAACUAUGCUUCAUUUGGUUACUUAUUCUUUCUUCUGUUAUGGAUCAUUGGGAGGCAACUUUUGGAAAAGACAAUGAGACACCUCUGGCUUCCUCUACAGCUAUAUGCAAUUGCAAUCUUUGUGUUCAUUUAUUGUUUGAGUGUCUUUGACAAGAUCCGGACAUGCAUUUCCAACUUGAUAGAUCUCUAUGUGGUCUUUGGCUAUAAUCCAGAGGCUUCACCGUUGGAGAAUGUGCGGCAGUCCCUAGCUGUGCUCGUUGCCAUUCAACUGUUUAGCUAUGAGAGGAGACGGAGCAAACAUACCAUGUCGACUGACGGUAAUGCAACUAUUGAUAGGACUAUUACUUUCUUAAAACGGCUCCUCAUCUGGCAUGUCGAGAAGAUACUAUAUCUUGCCGUGCUAUACACAUCUUUGUCCCCAGUCAGUGGGUUCGGGUUCCUGUAUCUUCUAUUCCUAGUGUUCUGUUCAACUCUUCCAAAGUCCUCUCGGAUCCCGUCAAAACUAUUUCUAGUUUAUUCAGGAUGUGUAGCAAUGACUAAAUAUCUUUUCCAAAUGUUGGGUGACGAGGCAGAGAUGUUCGCAGGUCAAAAGAAUUCCUAUUUUUCUCUUUUUCUGGGUUUGCAGUUGUAUAAACCUGGCUUCUGGGGGCUAGAAUCUGGGUUGAGGGGAGAAGUUUUAGUUAUUUUUGCAUGUAUGCUUCACUACAACAUCUUCCACUGGCUGGAUAAAAUGCCACAUGAAAGUAACAUAGGAAGAUGGGAUGAAGCUUGCACUCUGUUUGGGACAGCAGAGGAAAUUUUAAGUGAAGUCUGCAAUCUUACCAAAGAAACCGCGUCAAGCUCCAGUCCAUUACUAGACAAGGGGAGUAACAUGCCAAGUCACUCUUGGGCAUCUUCUAACUCUGGUAUAUCUGGAAAUAUGGCUCCUAUAUCCUCUGGAAAUAGAGGUCCUCAAGGUAGAAAAAGCAAAGAGUACCUAUACACCUAUUUCUGGGAAAGCUGCAAGGGAAGCAAUAAGUGGAACAGAAAGAGGAUUCUCUUCUUCAGAAUGGAGAGACUUCACAAGCAAAAGAAGAUACUAAAAGUAUAUCUGAAGCUGUACAUAGAGAACAUGUUCAGCCUUUUCGGCUUGGAGAUUAAUAUGGUUGCAUUACUUCUUGCCGGCUUUGCAGUGUUAAAUUCUAUUUCUUUGUUAUAUGUUGCAUCACUCGCUGCUUGUGUUCUUCUACAUCGAAAUGUUCUACAAAAGCUGUGGCCUAUGUUUGUGUUUUUGUUUGCUUCUAUUGUCACACUUGAAUACUUGGCCCUGUGGUCAAACUUGAUGUCCAAGAAACAAGAUGAGGGAGGCAAAGCACAAGUAAGGUGUCAUGACUGUUGGAGGUUCUCUGACCACAAUUUUGAGUUCUGCAAGAGCUGUUGGCUUGGAAUAAUAGUUGAUGAUCCCCGAAUGCUUAUCAGCUAUUAUGUGGUAUUCAUGUUUUCGUGCUUCAAGCUUCGUGCCAAUCACUUGUCGGAUCUCCCACGAUCACAGAUGUAUCAACAACUCAUUUCGCGGUGCAAGAACACAUCUCUGUUGAGUGAUCUCUCUUUUGAAACAAAAGAGUUGUGGACACUACUUGACUAUUUGAGGCACUACAGCUAUUGCCAUCUACUGGAUCUUGUUCUCGCUUUGAUAUUGAUCACGGGAACCCUUGAAUAUGAUGUGCUUCACCUAGGUUACCUUGGCUUUGCUCUUAUCUUUUUCAGAAUGAGGCUUGAUAUUUUGAAGAAGAAGAAUAGGAUCUUCAAAUUUCUAAGAAUAUACAAUUUCUCCCUUAUCGUCCUUUCUCUUGCCUACCAAUCUCCUCUAAUUGGUGAUUUUAUCGAGGGUAAAUUUGCAACAGUUGUUUACAUAGGUGAAGUGAUUGGCUUUUAUAAGUAUGACUAUGGUUUCCGAAUUACCUCAAGAUCCGCACUUGUUGAGAUAAUCAUAUUUAUGUUAGUAUCACUUCAGUCAUUCAUGUUCUCCUCCGAGGAGUUUGACUAUGUAUCGAAGUAUCUUGAAGCAGAGCAGAUUGGUGCCAUAGUGCGUGAACAGGAGAAGAGGACUGCUUGGAAAACUGCACAGUUGCAGAAUAUACGUCGGUCUGAAGAGCUGAAGCGCCUGCGGAACUUGCAAGUAGAGAAGAUGAAAUCUGAGAUGCUCAACCUACAAAAUCAGCUCCAAAGCAUGAUUCCCAGUGCAAAUAGUGACAAUAAACCUCCGAAAAUCCAUGGCCUUCGGAGGAGGAACUCAAGUAAGACUUACAAACCUAGUAGCAAUCCUGGGAAGGGGGACGAUAAGUUCAUGCAGCCAGAUACUGAUCCAAGCACUAAUUUAGUAUUUGCCAUUGAAAUGAAUGAAUCUCCUAAGAGUGAAAGAAGCGAAAGUCUACCAAGCAUGGACUCAACUAAACCCUCGUUGGAGUCCCUCCAUGAGAUGCCAAAGCAUGGGGAGAGAGAUGUGGGCACAGGGUUAUUGGAUUUGGAGAGAAGUAAUAAAGCGAACUUCCAAGCCAAGGAAAAUCCGAUAAUUUCUGCAGUACAUCUGAUUGGUGAUGGAGUUUCUCAAGUGCAAUCUCUUGGGAAUUAUGCAGUUGCUAAUCUUGUCACUCUUUUGAACAUAGAAAACGAAAAAAAAGAGAUGGAUGGCCAGUCUUCUGAGGAUGAGGUUUAUUAUGAGAUUGAAAGUCACAACGCAGGCUGUGAACCUGUGGACCAAGCAUUUGUUACAAGAUCUGUGAAUGAAUGGACAGCUUCUAGUUCUUCAUGCCUCCAACUCGGAGCUAUCAUUCGUUACAUGUGGGCUCAAAUGCGGUCAAACAAUGAUGUUGUCUGUUACUGCUGCUUUGUCCUGAUGUUUCUAUGGAACUUUAGUGUUCUUUCCAUGGUCUACUUGGCAGCUCUGUUUCUAUAUGCUCUUUGUGUAAAUAUCGGCCCAAGUUACAUGUUCUGGGUCAUCAUGCUUAUAUACAGCGAGGUGUGCAUUCUACUUCAGUAUCUAUACCAAAUCGUCAUCCAACACUGUGACUUGUCCAUCGAGACAGAAUUCCUUCAAAAAAUAGGAUUUCCUGCAGACAAGAUCGUGUCAUUUUUCGUGAUCGGCAACUUGCCUCUUUUUUUGGUGUACAUCUUCACUCUCCUACAAACCUCCAUUAUGGCAAGAGAUGGUGAUUGGCGAACAGUCACAAAGUUCAGUAUUCACGGGAAAAGGAACAAGAGACUGGGGGAAGCUUUAACUAAUUUUAGCUUUAAGGAGAGAAUAUACAGACUGCUUUUGUUUGCAGGAAAUUUAGCUAAUCAGUUGGUUAGAGGCCUUUAUAGAUACUGGAAGUCUCUGACAACCGGAGCAGAAACUCCUCCUUAUUUUGUCCAAGUUUCCUUGGAAGUUAAGCAGUGGCCUGAAGAUGGCAUUCAACCAGAGAGGAUUGAGUCAGGAAUGAACGAGUUACUCAGAAUUAUCCAUGACCGAAGAUGCAAGAAACCUGAUAAUGUAACCUUGGCAAGCAGGAUCCGUAUCCAGAGCAUUGAAAGAAGCACUGAAAAUCCUAAUAUUGCUCUGGCGGUGUUUGAGGUCCUGUAUGCGUCGCCUUCAACAGAAUCCACUCCUGGCGCAUGGCAUAAAUCAUUAACUCCAGCUGCUGAUGUUUCUCAUGAGAUUCUAAUAAAUAGAGGGGCUGGUAUUUUAGAAGAAGUAGGAUUUCCAUACCCAAUAAUUUCGGUGAUAGGUGGAGGCAAGCGAGAGAUAGACUUGUACGCCUACAUAUUUUGUGCAGAUUUGGCUGUUUUUUUCCUGGUUGCCAUUUUCUACCAAUCGAUCAUAAAGAACAAAAGUGAGUUCCUUGAAGUUUAUCAGCUUGAAGACCAGUUUCCAAAAGAAUAUGUCUUUAUCCUAAUGAUAGUCUUUUUCCUGAUUGUACUGGAUCGGGUUAUAUAUCUUUGCUCCUUUGCCACUGGAAAAGUUAUAUUCUAUCUUUUCUCGCUUGGGCUCUUUACCUACUCAGUCACAAAUUAUGCUUGGUAUACAGCACUGCCAAUUAAGCAUCCCGGGAGGUUGGCACUUCGUGCCAUCUUUCUCACCAAGGCCGUUUCUCUGGCUCUGCAAGCUGUCCAAAUCCGCUUUGGUAUUCCUCAUGAAAGCACAUUAUAUAGGCAAUUUUUGACCAGUAGUGUUUCACAACUAAAUUUGUGGGGUUUCCGGCUGUAUCGAGCACUUCCAUUCCUCUAUGAACUGCGCUGUGUGCUUGAUUGGUCCUGCACAUCUACAUCUUUGACCAUGUAUGACUGGUUAAAGUUGGAGGACAUUCAUGCCAGCUUGUUUCUUGUCAAGUGCGAUGCGGAUUUGAACAGAGCCAGACACCAACAUGGACAAAAACAGACUAAAAUGACAAAAUUCUGUGGUGGAAUAUGCCUAUUUUCUGUCUUACUAUGUGUUAUCUGGGCACCUAUGCUGAUGUACAGUAGUGGCAACCCCACAAAUAUUGCAAACCCUAUUGAAUAUGCAAGUGCUCGAGUCAACAUAGAGACAGAAAGUGGAAAACUAACUUUGUUUGAGACCACUUUGUGUGAGAAGCUAUCAUGGGAUGAGCUUGAUUCAGAUCACAACUUGGAUCCCUUAGGUUAUUUGAGUGCAUACAAUGUGAAAGAUGUUCAAGUAAUCUGCUGCCAAGCUGAUGCAAGUACCUUGUGGCUUGUUCCUCCGGUGGUCCAGGCCAGAUUUAUCAAGUCUCUUAGAUGGAGCAUGAAAAUCACCUUUUCUUGGCAACUGACAAGAGAUAGACCAAAAGGAAAAGAAGUGGUGAAGUACGAAUUAGAUGUUGACGAUUUUAAUCUUCCAAGCUCAUCAGAAGUCAUGGAAGUUCUGAAUGGUACAGCAAACAGUUUUACAAUUUAUGAUGUCUAUCCUAGAUUCUUCCGCGUCACAGGUUCCGGUGAUGUACGGCUUCUUGAGCCAGUGGUAGUGUCAGUUAGUGGAGACCUUGUUCUAAAUCGUGGCCAUCCUGGAUGGUGGUCAUUUCAUGAUACCGAUGCCCCUAAUAUCAGGGGAUGUGGGACUUUGGCUGGACCCAUGGCAAUAGUCAUUUCUGAAGAAACACCACAGGGGAUUCUUGGGGAGACACUUAGCAAGUUCAGCAUAUGGGGCCUCUACAUUACUUUUGUGCUGGCAGUUGGCCGCUUUAUUAGGCUCCAAUGUGCUGACUUGAGAAUGAGGAUCCCAUAUGAAAAUCUUCCUUCUUGUGAUAGGUUGCUCGCAAUAUGCGAGGAUAUAUAUGCUGCGAGAGCAGAAGGUGAGCUUGAGGUUGAAGAGGUCCUUUACUGGACACUGGUGAAAAUCUAUCGGUCACCACAUAUGCUGCUUGAGUACACCAAACGUGAGUGAAUGUUGGCGAGAUAGUUGGGGCUGAAUGCACCGCAACGUACAUUGCUUCGGCACAAAAUCUGAAGGCCAGAAAUAUCAGAAAUGCAAGUCUACUGGGAGGCUCAGUCAGAAAUUCCAUGUCCCUGUAUAGCUUCUAUCUUGACCAGAGAUGCUCGCCGUCCUUUCAGGUGUCGUCUGUCUAGCUGAGUCUCGGUCAAACCUUCACUGAAAGAUGUGUUGGUUAUUCUCAAAUACAAGGACGGGUCCCUCGUUCUAGUAGGAUGUAUUUCUUGCUGAACAAGUUUUGAAGCUGGUAAGUGAUGAGAGCUUCUGUAAAUCUUGUAGUGCAAAACUAUGCCAAUCAGCAAAGCGGUACUUUACAUUCUUAACAAUCCAAUUUACCUGAUCAAACAUGGAUAAGGGUACAAGUGAUAGUCCUUAGAUUUUGUGUUCUCUCUUUCUUUUCUUGAGCUCACAAUCAAAUGUGCAAUGUUAACUGCAGCUUCAUAAUUACCAAUACGAAUGCAAGCAGAGUCUAUAAUUCUCUUUUUUUGGUUCGUCACGGCGACUCCUAGUUGACAAGCUAAUAUCAUUCAAAUAGCCUUUUAAAUA